AUGAGUAAAGUUGUCAUUUACCUAGAGUGGGCGGCGAGCGUCUUCCAAAGUCUCGAUGGAGAGCUUAUUGGCGGGGGUUGUAAGAUCAUUAUCGAAGCCGCCGGGGAACGCUUUGGCGUGGCUGCCUUGAAUUCCAGCCCGAAGCAGAAGCGCACAAAACAGCACCUGGAACGGAUAUCUGCGCCGAAGUCAAGGUCCAGCUCGAACCCGAAAGACCAGCGAGGUUCUUCCUGUGCUUGCAGCGCGGAGAUCAAUUCAUCGACAUGCCCUGCUUCAAACAAACUGUUCCUUGCGACAAACUUGAAGCCCUCCGAUUGGCACGCCCAUGAUGAGCGCUGGGGGUGGAAAUGCCAAUUUUUGGGAGAGAAAUUAGCGGCUGCAAUGCUUGAGGGAGGGCGUACAGGGCACCGGAUAACGCCUUGGGGGAAGCAACGGCACGCAGCUCCCCAUAGUAACAUAUUCCCAGGGAUUCGACAAGAACUAUCAGGUCGUGACUUAAUGAUUGAGGAGCGUGACAACGAUCGCGAGCAAUUGUCGGAUCUCGUCAACCUGGGCAAUGGUUCCAACGAAACGACACAACUGGUCCAAGAACCACCCCCCUCCCCCACGUUUGCGCUCGAGCAGUGCGGGAAAGGAAAAGUAACUUUGGAACACAUGUCGUUCCCUGAUGGAAAGCAGACGCCAGAAAGUGGCUCAGGUUCAGGAGCACCGUCGAAAUGUCGUUCUUGA